AUGGCGACCUCACUCCACGCAUAUCAGGCUGUCACUGUUCCAUCUGCCCACUACCGGUCUAGAAGUCUGGGUGGGACGCCCAUGAGACUCCACAGUCGAAAUGGCAGCUCUUCCUCGCUUCAUUCCUUCUGGGAGCAUGACACGAACUACAGUACGGAUUCAGAUAGCGAGGACGAGGCUUGGCCUCAAGAGCUCCUACCGACCAGGUCAAGAAGCAGCCCUUCGUCAAGACGUGGAAGUCGUCAACUCACGCCUCUCAAGAUCGAGUCGCCUCCUCCGCAGGCCAAUGAUACUUUCAGCAUGGCGGCCUGGCGCGACCAGCUGCAGAAUCACAUUCAAAGAUACAAUGAAGCAACGCAGGCGCUACAGUCUAUCAUGCCCAGCUUCCCGGCUGAGUAUCAAGCCAACAUGGUUCGCCGUGUGAGCCAGCUUUUCCCGCAACGGCCUGGCUCUUCGCGGUCGCAUUCGCGUCGAACUGAUGGGUGGUGGGACACCUUGACUGGCAAUCGAUCACCUUCUCCGACCCAACAGCCGCCAGCAUACGAAUCAUUGUUUCCAGCGGACGGGCCAUCAGCGGAUGAUCUGAGCCUGAAGAAGUUGUCCGAGGAGACUGCUGAAGCAGAUAAUAUGGCAGACCAGCAUUUUGAAGCCCAGUCGUCCGGUCAAUCUCGAAUGCAGAGCGAUGAAAUGGGCGAUAUGUUGAUUAGGAGGAACAUCAAACGCGUCGAAUUGAGUCAGGAUAGAAAGUUGUUUUUCAUCUGGAUACCUAUACUCGCCAUUGGGUUGGCCUUGAUGCUCAGGAGUGCGGGCGUAUUUGAGCUGCUUCGCAAUCUCAACGACAAUGUCGUGGACAACGCUGUGCACGUUACGGACAGGGUUGUGGACGUCAUGUGA